CCUAUCGUGAGCGUCUUGAAUUUUGAAUUUAUGUUAGGGAAGGUGGUAGUGCUAAGGCAUCGGACAAUAAUAUGGUGUAGUUUUAGCUAGUUACAAAAACUCCAAAUGCAUAUAUGUCGCGGUUGCUUUUUAAACCGAGUCUUAAUUGAAACGUUUCUUGACAUCUUUCUUGUAAUAUUUCUUAUCAUUUUGGCUAAAAAAGAAAGUGUCUCUGGUGUUUACUUGGCUAACAAGUGCCUACUGUAGGUAACGUUAGUUGCUAAAGUCUAGCAGUGGUUUUGCUGUCCUGGGGAAGAGUGCAUUUAAACAAUUGCCGCUGGUUACUGGACUUGUCCCAAGGCCAUGGCUGACAGUAGCACAGAGACACUGGGGACAACCCGCAGUUUGCUGGUGGAUUCCAGUGUGUAUGACUCCAGGAUGGCUGAGCUCUCGAGGGAUCAUGUAUUUCUUGGCCUAUCUGCAGAGGACGCCAAAGAUGUGCUGCCUCAUAUUGAAACCAGAGUUGUACUUGUGGGAGAUACAGGCAACAGUGAUGAACUUCUGCAAGCAGUGAAGGAUAUCAACAUGCCUUGUGUAAAGACGGAUGACGUGAGGGAGUUUGGAGAUGGUGAAAAUGCUGAGUUUGAGACCGUUUUCGUGUUGGCCGAUUUUAAGUCUCCAGAUUACAGUUACCUGUAUAAAAAUGACAACAGAAUUGUUGGUCCGCCAGUCGUGCUGCACUGUGCUCAGAGGAAGGAGCCCUUGAUGUUCUCCUCACGCCCGAUAUUUUCUACCACCAUGAUGAAUCUGACACUGUGCUUCACUGGCUUCCGCAGGAAAGAAGAAGUCGUACAUCUGGUCAACCUCGUUCACCAUAUGGGAGGCACCAUCCGCAAGGAUUUCAGUUCCAAAGUCACUCACCUCAUCGCAAACUCGACCCAUGGAGAGAAGUACAGGCUGGCUGUGUGCAUGGGGACACCGAUCCUAACCCCAGGUUGGAUCUACCAGGCCUGGGAACGGAGACAUGAGGUGCAUUUCAAUGCAGGAGAUGAGCAUUUCCGCACUGAGUUCAAGGUCUCACCUUUUCAAGACUGUGUGCUGAGCUUCUUGGGUUUUUCUGAGGAGGAGAAGAAGAGUAUGGAGGAGAUGACACUAAAAUAUGGGGGCCGUUACUUGGAGGUUGGGGAUGAAAAUUGUACUCACAUGGUCGUGGAGGAGAACUCAAUCAAGGAUCUGCCAGUUCUGCCAUCAAAAAAAUUAUGUGUUGUGAAACAGGAGUGGUUCUGGGGAAGCAUACAGAUGGAUGCCAGAGCAGAGGAAUCCAUGUAUUUCUAUGAGAAGCCUGAGAGUCCCGUCAUGAAGAAAACGGUGUCCUUGCUGUCCCUCAACACGCCCAACAGCAACCGCAAGAGACGUCGCCUGAAAGACGCCCUCGCCCAGCUGGCUAAGGAGUCCGAGAUCUCGCCCUUACCGCCCCGCAAGAGGCCGUCUGCAGAGCACUCCCUGUCCAUGGGCUCUCUGCUGGACAUCUCCAACACCCCAGAGACAUGCAGGGCCAUGUCAGAAAACUCCAAGCCUUCAAAAGGCUCCGCCUCUACGUCCCUGAAGCAGUCUGCAAGAUGGCAGGUUUCCAAGGAGCUGUACCAAACGGAGAGCAACUAUGUGGAUAUCCUGGCUACAGUCUUACAGCUGUUUAAACAUCCCCUGGAAAAAGAGGGUCAAGUUGGAGGUCCAAUUUUGGCCCAGGAAGAGAUAAAGACCAUCUUUGGCAGUAUCCCCGAUAUAUAUGAAGUGCAUACCAGUAUAAAGGCUGACCUAGAAGACCUUGUGAUGGACUGGUCUGAGAAUAGAAGUGUUGGAGACAUUAUUUUGAAAUAUUCCAAAGACUUGGUGAAAGCAUACCCUCCAUUUGUCAACUUCUUUGAGAUGAGCAAAGAGACCAUUGUGAGGUGUGAGAAGCAGAAGCCAAGGUUUCAUGCUUUCCUGAAGAUUAACCAAACAAAGCCUGAAUGUGGCCGUCAGACUCUGGUGGAACUUCUCAUCCGCCCUGUCCAGAGGCUGCCAAGCGUGGCCCUCCUGUUAAACGAUAUUAAGAAGCACACAUCAGAUGAUAAUCCAGACAAAGUCACUUUGGAAAAGGCAAUUGAAUCACUCAAGGAAGUUAUGACUCACAUAAAUGAAGACAAGAGAAAGACUGAAGGCCAAAAACAGAUUUUUGAUGUCGUUUAUGAAGUUGACGGCUGUCCUGCCAAUCUGUUGUCCUCGCAUCGGAGCCUCGUCCACAGAGUAGAGACCAUUGCUUUGGGAGACAAACCCUGCGAUCGAGGGGAGCAUGUUACCUUGUUUCUCUUCAAUGAUUGCCUUGAGAUCGCCAGGAAGCGACACAAGGUGAUCAGCACAUUCAGGAGCCCCGUCGGGCAAACUCGCCCUCCUGCCCAGCUCAAACACAUCACUCUCAUGCCUCUGUCCCAGAUCAGGAGGGUUCUGGACCUGCAGGAGACUGAUGACUGCCACAACGCCUUCGCUCUGGUGGUGCACCCCCCCACCGAGCAGGACAACCUGCUCUUCAGCUUCCAGCUAGUGGCCGAGGACACCGUCAAGUCAACCUGGUUGAAGACCCUGUGUCGACACGUGGCCAACACCAUCUGCAAAGCCGACGCGGAAGAUCUAAUUCAGUGCACGCACCCGGACUCCGUUCAAGUAAACACGAAGGAUAUGGACAGCACGUUGAGUCGAGCUUCUAGGGUCAUCAAAAAAACAUCGAAGAAGGUAACGAGGGCGUUUUCCUUCAGUAAGACCCCCCGGCGAGUGAUACAGAGGGCUUUUGUGGCCAGCAGUACCCCAGAUGACAGGAGUCCCGCUGUGGCCCCAGAGGCCAGGGGCCGCCUGAGGGGCUCCUCUACGCUGUCUUAUUCCACUGAGGCCUUUUAUGCUGCUGUCAUAGGACAAGCCAGUCUUUUCCCUCUGUCAAAAAAAAAGCACUAUUGUAAAUUUUUACGGUGUUCCUGCACUAAAAGGCUCUUAUGCUGUCAUGGGACAGAGGGUCUCUCCCUCCUGCCAGGCUGUCCAUUCGCCAUCCAUGGUCAACCUUCCUUCCCUGUUUGAGAGGAAGUACCACACAUUCAGUCGAUCUACGACUCACCUGAUAUAACGAAAUCCCACAGGUCUUUAAACAAGUUGUUUCAUAAUUAGCACUACUAAUAACCUUCUUUGACUGGUACUGAAGUUAACUUGUAAAUAUAGUUACAUUUUGUCUUUUUAAAUUGAAGGAUUCUUGUUUAGAUACUGUAAUCGUAUAUAAGCUCAUGUAUUCCCUGAAAUAUUUAACAGUCAAAUAUAAUAUGUCUUUCAUAAAGGAUCAUAAUUGAACCAUCACCUUUGUCGUCUUUAGGCUGCUAGUUUAAUGUAGAAUAGAGAAUGGCCAGCUUUUAUAAAGCUCUUGAGUUUGUACUUAUGACCAAGAACACAGAUCAGUUUAGCCAUGAAGAAUUGUGACUAAUCUUAUAUUAUUUUAAAAUAUAAUGAAUAACAUUUUAUGAUUGGUGGUUGCCACAUCUUUUGUAAAACGGGUUGGGAUGACCUCGUGUAGCAUUACUUAUUUAUUUUUGAAUAUUUUUAAAAGCUGAAUUGUCCAUUCAAGCUAUUUAUAUGUAAAUAUACACAUUUGUCUUCAAGUUGCAUAGUGAUUGUCUUUCCUGAGUUGUGUUGCCAUACAUUCUGAAUCAGUUGCACUUAUGUUGCAUUUAAUUUUUUUUUGUACAAUUUACUUGUCCUAUGAUACUUUGUAGAGCCUUUCUCAUGUAAAAAGAAGCUUAAAAGAAUGUACUGUCUGUCUAUUCAGUCUUCUUUGACUGAGACUACCUUUAAUCAGUUUUUUUUUUUUUGUCUUUUUUUUCUCUCAAUAAAAGGAAACAUUUCA